AAUACUGUGACUGGUCGGGCACUGAGUGCUGUAGUCGCAGUGUAGUUAGAAUCUGUUCUGUGGGUGCCGUCUCUUAGGUGUUGCUAAUCGCAUAAUUAAAACCUCUUCAUAAUCUAGUGAAGUUUUAUAAAAGAAUCAUGGCUUGUUGGUCCCUUAUCGCGUUGUUAGCGCUGAGCCAAACGAGCUCUGCCCACUAUACCAAAUUCCCGGAAGGGUUUACAUUCGGUGUAGCAACAGCUGCAUAUCAAAUCGAAGGUGCCUGGAACGUCAGCGGUAAAUCUGAAAAUGUAUGGGAUCGUCUCACCCAUACUCGACCUGACAUGAUUGCUGAUGGUACAAACGGAGAUAUAGCAUGCGACUCCUACAACCGUUACCGAGAGGACGUCGAGGAAUUGGCGUACCUUGGGGUGGACUUCUACCGCUUCUCUUUAUCUUGGGCUCGAAUACUACCAACGGGUCAAGUCAACUAUUUGAAUCCUGAUGGAAUCCGUUACUACAAUGAUUUACUUGAGGCGCUUGAAGCGAAAAACAUUGAACCACUUGUUACGCUUUUCCAUUGGGACUUGCCCCAAUCUUUACAAGAUUUAGGAGGUUGGGCCAAUCCUAAAAUGAUCGAAUACUUCCGUGAUUAUGCAGAUGUUUGUUUUCGAGAAUUUGGUGACAAAAUAAAAUCUUGGAUAACUUUCAACGAACCUUACGAGAUUUGCGAAGAUGCUUAUGGUGACGAGAAAAAAGCACCAGCAGUUAACAGUCACGGUGUUGGAAACUACUUAUGUAGUGACACUUUACUGAAAGCACACGCUGAAGUAUAUCAUUUGUACAACGACACGUAUCGUUCAAAACAAAAUGGCAAAGUUAUGAUCUCCAUUAACUCAAUUUGGUAUGAACCCAAAGAUCCUGAAAAUGCUGAGCAGGUUACUUUGGCUGAAGUGGCAAAUCAGUUUAAAUUUGGUUGGUUUGCUCACCCUAUAUUUACUGAAGAGGGUGGUUACCCAUCGAUUAUGGUUGAAAACGUAGCCCGCCAAAGCGAGGCUGAAGGUUAUCCGCGGCCUCGCUUGGAACAGUUUGAUGAAUAUUGGAUUCAAAGGAUAAAGGGUACAUCAGAUUUCUUAGGCAUCAAUCACUAUACGACACAUUUAAUUACUGGUGCCGGCGUAGAUCCCGUAGCCAAAUCUCCAUCUUGGCUGAAAGAUAUUGGAGCUCUUACAACUAUGGAAGUAGGUGAAGAAUCAGCAUCCGAGUGGCUUAGGGUGGUACCUACUGGAUUUGCAAAUUUACUUCGCUGGUGCAAAUCUUCUUACAACGACCCACCAAUUUAUAUAACUGAGAAUGGUGUAUCUGACCGCGGCACACUACAAGAUUACAAACGCAUCCAAUAUUUUAACGAUUACCUCACAGAAAUUUUAAAUGUAAUCUAUGAGGAUGGAGUUAAUGUCCUGGGCUACACAGCCUGGACUUUGAUGGAUAAUUUUGAAUGGAGAGCAGGAUUCUCGGAGCGUUUUGGUUUAUACUACGUGGACAUAAAUGACCCUGCUCUACCUCGGACGCCGAAAUUGUCCGCAGAGUACUAUCGUCAACUUACAAAUACUAGAGAACUACCUCAAGACGACCGCUUUAAGGACCCCGCCGUAAGAAAACAGUAAUAAUUAACAAAAAGCAUGUUUGUAAAUAAUUUAAACUGAAGUGCGCUUAAAUUUGUUCCACUUAUGUGAUAAUAUUGUAGAACUAACAGUUAUUUAAUAAACUGUUAUAUUAUUA